AUGUAUAACCGAUCCGGAAGGCCGACGAGUAGCGCCUCGAGCGUUACGAGCUCGGUCAGUACAAACGACACAUUCGAUGCCAUUCUUGCGAGUCCGGCCAGCAGUAGAACGAGCUUCGAUUCUUGGAAUUCGAAUCCACGGAGAGUCGAGUAUGGAUGGCAGCGACCGGCACCGAUUAAACAAUACCGACGAAGGAGAGAAACCGGAGAACUUUUUGAUGCUUUACCGGAAGAGGUUCUAGGACUCAUUCUAGAUGAGGUAAAGAAGUUGCAUCUAAAACCCGGUAGUGCAAGCUGCGCAACAUGCAUGAUGAGAGACAUGUGCUCCGCCGCCGUAUCGGCACGGAAGCUAUUGAAGGUCGCUCGGGUUGCACUGUAUGAGGAUAUUCAACUUAUCGGAGCAGACUCGCAUGCACAAAAGAAACGAUAUAAGCUGAAUUUUGGCUCCCGCCUGGUUCUACUUCGCCGGACACUGAGAUCGAAUCCUGAGCUUGCAGCAAUGGUCCAUACCCUGAAAGCACCCGCUAUCCCCCAAGGUGUCGCAGUUGACCUGUAUCAAAAUUUAGUAGCUUCUGUCAUCAUGGCAUGUCCCAAUUUCGAACGAUUGAUUGGAUUUCACCAGAACCACGAUUAUUCUUUCAAUCGCUUAUUCCAUGCUUUAUCGACCAGGCGAAAGUUGGUAGAAAUGCAUUGGACGCUGGAGCCAUCCCAAUUCCAGCGGAAACGCCGCCUAUCGAACGCCGCAGCCCUGCUAAAUUCGGAGAACCCCAACUUUCAGGAAGCCCCCGGCGAUCUUCUACCGGAACAAAGUGAAGACUUUCUUGAGCUACAUACCGAUUGGGAACAUUUGAAAACUCUUUCAAUACAUUGCCUCCCGGGCGCUACUCUAACGCCAAUCUCACUUAUUCCGGACAUAGUGUCUCGCUUACCGGCGCUUGAGAAUCUUCAUUUAUCUCAUUUACCCUUCACAGCUUUUAGCGAUGCGAAUCUAUUGUCAUUGCCAUCGUUAAAAACCCUCACCUUAUCGCAUCUUCCGGGCGUAUCUAGCGAAGGCCUUUCAUCCUUCGUGAGACGUCCUCAUUGCAGGACGAUUCGAAAACUCGUCCUUCAACAUGUUGAUGUGGACUCGUUGCCUGCGCUUAGUCAAAUUCUCUCCAAUCUUACAUCCUUGGAGUCAUUCGCUCUGGUGCAGAAUUCUAUGCCGAUUAUGCCACCAAAUGAGAUGAUAUGGCUAUAUCCUUAUCUCGCGUCACCUUCACUUCGCAAAUUGCACUGGGACAUUACAAGUCAUCCAUCAUGUGCAAGCAUGGCGGAUUCGGUCCUCGCGAGAAGCAUAGCAGCAAACGGAUUCCCAUCGCUCCGGAUCCUAAGGACGCCUAACGAUCCGGAAGGGAUUUUCCAAUCGCUUUGCAAGCCGGUCGAGAAUAUUGAAAACCUUGAGAUAGCCAACGAACAGGUUCGUGGGCUUAUUACUAAGUGCACUUCGCGACCUAGUCCUCCCGCUACACCAACAACUCCCAGUACACCGAAGACGCCAAGCAAAUCUCCCUCGGGCCUCCAUUUCCCGAUGGAAGACCAAUUGUUCCCGUCUAAGGUGUCGAGCAAUCUAUCGCAGGCGCGUCUCGCGGCACAGAGUAGGUUGGAGGCGGCACGGCAGACCCCACGUUUCACCAUUAACGUGAUCGGGGACGACGGAAGUGUGGUAGAAAACUACGGCCUCGCAGGUUAUAUGGGACAGACCGAGUCGAAGAUCGGUUAUUGUGUUACGCCUGAUGAACAUGCCACAGAUGAAAAUGGCGGUCUAAUUGAUAUUGCGGACGUUCUCGGCGACGGGGGCGAGAACGUGAAGGUCGAGGGCAGGGACGGGUGCAGCGGACGCUGGAAUACUUACAGCGGAAACGUGAUCGAUAAGAAGGAUCGCGAGAGGUGGUAUCAUACGGAACGUGGGCGAUGGCAUUCGGUGCCUCUGUCUUAA